AUGAAUCAAGACCCAGCCGUAGUGGCUGCAGCUACUACUGCGGCGGAGAGUAAGUCUCCCGUCGAAACCAACGCGAACCAUGAAGCAUCCGCCCGGGAAGAAGGACCUCAGCCUGUCCAUACAGACUACGAUAUUGAGAGAGUUGAACAAGUUUACCGGAAACUAGACCUUCGUAUUAUUCCUGCUUUCUGGAUCCUGUAUUUCCUGUGCUCUGCCAUCCGCUCUAAUAUCGGGUUGGCACAAACGAUGAACGCUGAUGUUGGUCACGAUUUGAUGACUAUGCUUGGACUCUCGUCCAACGAUGUGUCCACCGCGCUGGCUCUCUUCUACGUAUCUUAUGUCAUUUUCGAUUGCCCCUCAAACCUCGUCAUGAGCAAGCUCAGCCCGCGCGUCUGGAUGGCUAGGAUCGUUUUCGCUGUAGGCGUUAUAGGAGCUUGCUUCACCGUCGUCCACUCUGCCUGGAGUCUGAAGUUAUUGCGCUUCCUACUUGGGAUGGUUAUCGCCGGUAUGUGGCCCGGAAUGUCUUAUUAUCUGACCCUUUUCUACCCACCCUCUCGGACGGGCAAGCGGAUUGGGUAUUACUUUACUGCCUCGCAAAUCUCUGCUGCCGUGGUUGGCCUGGUCUCCGCAGGGUUUCAGCUCAUGGACGGCGCCGGUGGGCUUGUCGGCUUUCAGUGGAUGUUUCUUAUCUAUGGACUUCUUGCUAUAGUCCUCGGUUGGACUCUGCUAUGGUGGCUACCAGAGCGCCCACUACCACCGGGAGAAAAAAGGGUUCGCUCUGGCCUUUCUAAAUGGCUUCCUCCAACCCCGGAAGCUUUGACAGGCGAAGAUGCAGUAGUCCAUUACCAUGACCUCAAGCGAGUCUAUCACCAAAGACCCUGGACACUUAAGGAUUUGGGAUAUGUCCUCAUAGACUGGAGGCUAUGGCCAUUGACCCUGAUGUACUUCGGUGUUGUGGGAGUUGGCAUCGGUACACAACUCUAUGGUACCGUAAUCAUCCGUGGCAUCAACCCAUCAUUCACAGGGGUGCAGCUCAGUCUCCUCUUUGCCCCUAUCUGGAUCAUGGAUUUCAUUGCGAUCCUACUCGUGACCCCAAUUUCGGAUAGGUUUCAUCGCCUUCGCCCCUUAUUCUUCUCCUGUGCUGUGUGCAUUCAGAUUGCUGGACUUCUCACAGUAACUUUCGCUCCUACCUCGAACCCUUGGGCGAGAUACGGUGGGCUUUUGAUGGUAGGCUUCGGGCUCGGUCCAACAGUACCAAUCUGUAUGACUUGGACCAAUGAGAUUUUUCAACAACGUCAUGGCGAGGUUGGCGUAGCUGCUGCAUCAGCACUAGUCUCCGGCCUGGGAAAUCUAGGAAGCAUCACAACAACUUAUGCAUUGUACACGGGUUGGCCGGCGGAUGCUGCUCGCGGACCACACCAAUACCGCAAGAGCAAUCUGGUUAUGAUUGGCAUAUUGUGCGUAAGUAUCCUGAGCAGUGCUGUCAUGUUUGUUGCACUGGAGGCUCUCGGUAACAAGCCUAGCCGCAAAAUCAAGAACAGCGGAGGUUCCAUUAGUGAUGGCUCGGACGGCUUCCAAGACGGCGCGGCUCGGCGAGAGGUCCAACAACGCGGCUUCGGUCGCAUGUGGUGGAACAAAAAAAGGUAG